AUGGAAUCGGUAACAAACUUACUAGGUAAUAUCCUAUCCCUAGAUGAUGAAACCAAAACCACUAGUGGUAGCACUAGACACAAUGCAAAACUGAAUCAAACUCAUUCGACGGUGGUAUCUUCGUCACUGAUACCAGCAAAGAAACGCCGAUCUUUAGAUUUGGAUUUCAGUUCGUUUUGGAAGGAUAGUAAAGAAGGGAAUGGAGAGAGGCUAUCAACAUCAAAGGCUAAAGCCGGUGCCACUUCAUCCACCACCGGCACAAAUGCCACAAGCUCUUCCGGUGGAGGUGGUGGUGGUAAUGAACAUGAUGGAGAUGAGUCAACUGAUGCAUCAGGUGGUAUCACCGGUGGUAGUGGUGCUGCUGCUUCUGCUUCUGCUUCUGCUUCUGCCGCUGCAAAUACUGCCUCUGCGGCGGCUGCCACUGCCCCCAAUGUCGCAACUACAAGUCAAAACUAUUAUGCUGAUAAGUUGAUGGAAAAAGCCAUUUCCAUGAUUAUACCAAACGAAAUCUAUGAUGAUCAAACCAACAAAAUGUUACAAGAUCGUCAAUUGAUGGCUAAACUACGUCCGCCUUUAAGCUUUGCUCUAAUGCAGAAGAACUCCAACAAUUUGCAUCAACGAAACUCUGAUAUUUACAUUGUUUUUAACCUGAUUUUGAAAUACGUCAAUUGGAUGGAUCCAUAUUAUACUAUUGGAAUAACGAUGCUUAUCACUCAUAUGAUUUUGAAACCAGUCUUGUUUAUAUGUUUACCAUGGAUGCUACUAGUUGUUAAUACUUUGCUUCCUCAUUACUUGAUGAUUUACCCACAAGAUACCAGUUAUAAUAAUGAAUAUUUGGAAGUGAACCCCACGCCACUGCAACAAGCUUUGGAGCCAGCCAAAUUACCCAAACCAGUUCCAUUGUUUAGUAAAGAAUUUUUCAUGAAUUUAACCGAUACUCAGAAUUUCAUGACUUUGCAGAGCCACAUUUUUGAUUUCCAAACUUGGUUAUUUGCUGAUUACUUGUAUUUUAAAAAUGAGCAAGUAAGUUCUUUUAUUGUAUUGAGUUGUUUGGUGAUGAUUGCAUCAACUUUACUUUGGUUUAAUCACAUUUUCUGGUUCUUGUUGAAUCAUUCGUGGAUUGUGAAAUUGUACUGGGUGUUUCUACUUUGGGGGUUUAUUAUUGCAAUGCAUCCUAAUCAGCGAUGCAAGAUUUUGUCAUGGGUUUAUGAAGAAGAUACUCGUUUGGAUAUACAAAAUCGGGUCAAUAAAAUUGAAGACAAAUUGACUUCAAUCUUGGUUGAUGAUGGAUUACAACUGGAUUUACAAUUGCACAAUAAUGGCGAUACAAAUAAAACAUGUCGCAAAUUGGUUGAAGUUUAUGAGUUACAAAAAUUGAAUCAAGAAUCAAACAUUUGGGAACUGGUGGGGUUUACACUGGAUUUUUAUUCCAUCAAUGAUGGUGUUCGCAAGUAUAAUUAUACGAUAAAAAAACUCAAUCAAGAGAUUGCGCGAGCUCAGUUCAGUAGUGGAAGUGCAAUAGUUGACGAUAAUGGUACUGACAUUGCCACGGCUCCAACCAUCAUUGAAGCCACAUCCUUUGGUGGUGGUAGUGCUAGUGGUGAUGGGGUUGGAGGUGGUCAUGAGCACAAUUACCUCACACUAAGCAAACGUGAAUCAAUCAACUUGGUCAAACCACCACAAGGUUACAAAUUCACUUCACAAAGUAAAUGGACCAUUGAUUAUGAUGUAGCAAAUUGGGUUCAAUCAAACUUCAUUCAAGAUUUAGUUAUUAUUGAUGAUGACGAGAAAUGGGCGUAUGAUGUAACGAUUCAACAUAUAACUUAUGAUGGAGAUGACGCUGCUGAGGAAGAAAAAAAGCAGCAGGUUGCAGUUGCUAGUAGUGGUCAAGAAGAUUCCAAUAAUGGGAAUCAUGGUGGUCCCCUGGCUGACAAAUUGACUGAUCUUUAUGAUGGUGAAAUAUAUAGACGAAGAAGAUGGUUGCGAUACGUGGUGCGCGAAACUUACAAGGAUAUAGAUCGUCCACCAGUUCAGCAAUCACAUCUUGCUUCGUGGGUGACUUAA